GGCGUGCGGGAGCGCCACGCCCCCACGGCGCGCGGGGCUGCGUGGGGCGUGGGGGGGUCCCAGUCCUAAUCUCGAUCGCAUUCCUAGACCUGAUCCCCAUCCCCGUCUUGCUCUCGAUCCUAGUCCUAGUCCUGGUCCCGGUCGUAUUCCCGAUCCUAAUUCCGGACGUAGUGCUGGUCCCGGUCCCGGCUCCGCGGUGCCGCUGGUCACACGCCCCCUUCACCCCCGUACAGCUGAGGGGGGUGGGCUGGGGUUGGUGCUCCUCUGCCCCCCAAAAACACUCAAGGGAGGGUCCGAGACUGGAUCCACGGCAGAGAGAAACCAGGCCAGUGGCACCGCUCUGGAUGGUGGUGAUGUGCUCGCAUCUCACUUUGUUCUCCCCUGAUCAAAGCCACACAGAUGGAUUUGUUCUGGUAACUUUCCCUUGUGUUGAGGUUCAGACAAACCUUUGACAGGAUGUUGGGAUUUCUGAAGGAGCCAAUCGUGGUCACUGCAAAGAUCAAUGUGAACCUUGUGGCACUGACUGUGAUGGGAUUGAUAAGUCGUCUCUGGGGGCUUUGCUAUCCACGGGCUGUGGUUUUUGAUGAAGUUUAUUAUGGCCAAUUCGUUUCACUCUACAUGAAGAGGAUCUUCUUUGUGGAUGACAGUGGCCCACCCUUUGGCCACAUGCUGCUGGCCUUGGGAGGUUACUUAGGAGGAUUUGAUGGAAACUUCCUAUGGAACAGGAUCGGAGCUGAAUACAGCAUGAAUGUUCCUGUGUGGUCCCUGCGCCUCCUGCCAGCCCUGGCUGGGGCUCUCUGUGUGCCUUUAGCCUACCAGAUUUUGGUUGAACUGCACUUCUCCCACUGUGCUGCACUUGGAGCUGCUCUUCUGAUUCUCCUGGAGAACUCUCUGAUCACUCAAUCAAGGUUCAUGCUUCUGGAAUCAAUACUGAUUUUUUUUAUCCUGCUUGCAGUUUUGUCCUACCUGAAGUUCUAUAAUUUGCAAAAGCACAGUGCCUUCUCUGGAAGCUGGUGGUUUUGGCUCCUGCUGACUGGAGUAGCCUGUUCUUGUGCAGUUGGAGUGAAAUAUAUGGGCCUGUUUACCUAUAUGCUGCUCUUGGCCGCUGCAGGACUCCACUUCUGGCACAUGAUAGGAGACCAGAACUUGUCAAAUGUUUCCUUGUUGUGCCAUUUUCUAGCCCGGGCUCUGGCCCUCAUCAUCAUCCCCGUGGGGCUGUACCUCUCCUUCUUCUAUGUUCACUUGGCUUUGCUGUAUCGCUCUGGGCCUCAUGACCAGAUCAUGACAAGUGCUUUCCAAGCCAGCUUAGAGGGUGGGCUGGCUCGAAUCACUCAAGGUCAGCCCUUAGAGGUGGCCUACGGCUCUCAGAUCACCCUGAGGAACGUGCUGGGCAAGCCCAUGCAGUGCUGGCUCCACUCUCACACCAAUACUUACCCCAUCAGGUAUGAGAAUGGCCGAGGGAGUUCCCAUCAACAGCAGGUGACCUGCUAUCCCUUCAAGGAUGUGAACAACUGGUGGAUUGUCAAAGAUCCUGGAAUGCAGCAGCUGGUGGUGAGUAACCCACCGCGGCCUGUCAGGCACGGGCACAUCGUGCAGCUGGUCCACGGCAUCACAACUCGCUACCUCAACACGCAUGAUGUUGCUGCUCCUCUUAGCCCCCACUCCCAAGAAGUUUCCUGCUAUAUCGAUUAUAACAUCUCCAUGCCAGCACAGAACCUCUGGAGAGUGGAAAUUGUAAAUCGCGAGUCUGACACGGAUGUGUGGAAGACAAUUCUGUCAGAAGUGAGGUUUGUUCACGUAAACACCUCUGCAGUGCUAAAGCUCAGUGGUGCAUCUCUGCCUGAGUGGGGCUACCGGCAGCUGGAGGUGGUUGGAGAGAAGCUGUCCAAAGGCUACCACCAGAGCAUGCUGUGGAAUGUGGAAGAGCACAGAUAUGGGAAAAGCCAAGAGCAAAAAGAGAGGGAAGUGGAACUCCACUCUCCCACACAGAUGGACAUCAGUAAAAACCUCAGCUUCAUGGCCAAGUUCACAGAAUUGCAGUGGAAAAUACUCACAUUAAAAAAUGAAGACACAGAACAUAAGUACAGCUCCUCUGCCCUGGACUGGAUCACAAUGGACACCAAUAUUGCCUACUGGCUCCACCCCACCUCGGGGGCCCAGAUCCACCUCCUUGGGAAUGUUGCCACCUGGGCUUCAGCUAACGCUGCUGCUCUGGUCUACCUGUGUCUGUCCCUGUGGUACUUGCUACGGCGGAGGAGGAAGAUUUACGACAUCCCUGAAGAUGCCUGGCAACUCUGGAUGUCAGCGGGAGGUGUCUGUGGUGGAGGCUGGGCUGUGAAUUACCUGCCCUUCUUCCUGAUGGAGAAAACACUUUUCCUGUACCACUACCUGCCUGCUGUCACAUUCCAGAUUCUCCUGAUUCCUGUGGUACUGCAGCAUCUCGGCGAUCAUCUCUGCAGAUCUGUGCUGCUCAAGAGCAUGUUCAGUGCCCUGACCGUAGCCUGGUUCUCCUCGGUGUACUUUGUGUACUGCACCUUCAGCCCCCUGACCUACGGGCAGCCCGCGCUGUCCCUCUCGGAACUCAAGGCCUUGCGCUGGAAGGACACCUGGAACAUCCUGAUCCGAAAGCAGUGACCACUGCAGCCUUGCUACAGCAAAAGGAAACACCUUCUGUGCAAAGCCAAGAAUUUAUUGUUAGUAUCAUGGAAAUCUUAACAGUCGGUUCAGGUAUUUUGUAGUAUUAGUCCAGAUCUAAUCAUUACAGGAGAAGAAAACAAAGGAACGCUGUUACAGAAAAGGUCUCAACAGCAAUGCAGCUGUUAUGAGCACAGUUCCCAGUUUCUGCCCCUGUUACAUUCACCCUUCACUGCCCCUCAGGGUGUGAAGGUUACUGACUUCAGUCAACAGCAUCCCAGCUCCUUUGCUGGUAAGAGCUGACACAAUUUCUUCUCUUUCCUGGGGGUACAAUCGUGGUUUCUUCCUUCUGGCACUAUAUUGCACUUAGGGCUAUUUAAUGUGUUUCCUAUCACUGUGGUCUGCAAUCCCAUAAAUGGACUCUUUCCAACACAGAUAAUUUUUUCUGUUUUCUCUGUUGUGCCUGAAACUCAGGUUUUCCCUCUCUAAAGCUUGCCUGCUUUUAACAAUCAGUAACUGGCCCUGCAGCCCUACAGCAUCAUUCCAUGACUCUAUCCCUCAAGAAUGCAUUAUUUGCCCCCAGCUUCCAGUGCUCUGCUAUAAUUUCUAUUUAUGUAAAUACAGCAUUAAGCUACAUUUAUAAAUAGUUCAUUCUGCA